AUGAAGUUCAGUGCCACUGUCGCUCUUGCCAUCCUCGGUCUCGCCGCCCAGCAAACUCUGGCCGUCGAGUCCGUUGAGGCAGUUGAGCCUCUCAUCGAGAGAUCCGAAGCCAUCCAGGCUCGAGACAUCGGUUGCUACCAGCAGGGUACCUCCAGCAGGCCGGCUAUGUGCUACAAGCCCAACUGCCCAUCCAACAGAAGAAGUGUCUUCUGGGACUUCGGAUGUCCCAGUGGAGCCUGGAAGUGCUGCAUCUAA